UGAAGCUCGUCUUAUCGGGAAUUGUUUUUUUAGCCUGUCUUUUUAAUGGCACUAAAAAAGGAUCAGCACGCUUGCUUGAUAGGAACUGUGGAAUAUCAACGAUUGACGAUAUAGAGGGUCUUAUUCAUGACGGUAACAAAACAUCUAUUAAGGAGAACCCAUGGAUGGUAAUGAUCACUAGAAAAAAUGGUCUUUCGUUUGAUUUUGUGUGUGGCGGCACGCUCAUCACAACACGCUUAGUUCUUUCGGCUGCGCAUUGCCUUUAUUUUGAUGACACAUAUUUGCACUUGGGCGAUUAUUUAAUAAAAGAUCCAGAACCAGUUUGCACUUCGGAUAAAUGCAUACCAAAGAUGUAUAAUCAUAUAGCCGAUAUGAAAUUUGUUCACAGAGAUUACAAAGGAAGUAUUGCAGAUAGAAGUAGGAAGUUCGACAUAGGCAUGUUUCGAAUGAAGGAAGAGGUGACAUAUUCAGAUUAUGUUCGACCUAUAUGUCUACUCGUCGAUGAGCCAAUAAUUCAGGCUAGGCAAUUUAACAUCACCGGCUGGGGUAAGACUAAACAGGAGCAACCAGUUAACCGGAUUUUACAAACAGGGACCGUUUACUCAAUCAAUAAUUCCUAUUGUGACUUCAAGUAUAGUACUCAUACUGAUCAAUCCCAGAUUUGUGUCGCCAGUAAUUCAACUGGCUCAUGUGAAGGCGACUCUGGAGGCCCACUUAGCUCAAUGAUGUUUUACGAAAAUACGAACAGGACUUUUCAGUACGGUUUGGUCAGCUUUGGUUCUGAAAAAUGCAUUAAGGAAUCUGUAUUAGGUGUUCUCACAAACGUAACCCAAUACAUGAAAUGGAUCGAGAAUGUAGUAGAGGUUUCCGAAACUCAGUAUCCAGGUAACAGCGGUUUCUGGCAUAAAAUUACUAUAAUCCCACUCUGAUUUGAAGGGCAGCAUCUUAAGCUCCUUUUUGUAAAUAAAAUUAACUUUAACAAGAGAGGAAGCUAACUUCGGCACGCCAAAGUUUCUAUACCCUUGCAGGUCGUUACCGUUUCGGAAACGUAUGCAUUACUGCGUUGCAAACUUCUGACU